AUGGCGCGAGUAACAGACAAUGGAGCUGUCGCAGAUGACUGCGCCCUCAACGCCACCUCGGAAGGGAACAUGCAAAGGAGCAUGGAUCUCUUCUCCGCCGCCUCCGAGAACUUCGGCCUGGUCAUAAACACGGAGAAGACGGUGGUCAUGCAUCAACCGCCACCGGAUGCUGUCUACUUCAGACCCCAAAUCAACGUGAACGGUGCCCAACUGCAAGUGAUGGAUAACUUCACGUAUCUGGGCAGCACCCUCUCCCACAGCACCAACAUCGACAAUGAAGUAACCCGUCGGAUUUCCAAGGCCAGUCAAGUCUCCGAUCGUCUUAAAAGCACAGUUUGGAAUCGCCACGGUCUUCAACCCUGCACGAAACUGAAGAUGUACAAGGCCAUCAUCCUACCGACGUUGCUAUAUGGAGCUGAGACUUGGGCGGUAUACAUGAAGCAGGCACGUAGACUCAAUCACUUCCAAGUCAGUUGUCUUCGUCUAACAUUAAGGAUAAGGUGGUGAGACCGGAUCCCAGACACGAACGUACUGGAUCAGACGGGGAUCCUUAGCAUUCACGCUAUUCUGAGACAACUGCAACUACGCUGGAACGGCCACCUCGUAAGGAUAGACGACGAAAGGCUACCCAGGCGAUUCUUCUAUGGAGAUGUCGCAGCGGGUUCGCGCCGCCAAGGAGGCCAGAUCCGUAGCUACAAGGACACUCUGAAGACCUCCCUGAAGCCUCUACAGAUCAACCCGACAAACUGGGAAGACUGCCCAGGACCGAACUAUGUGGAGGAGGACAAUGAAGACAGGCGCCGCGAUCUACGAGGCCAACCACAUCGGCGGCGCCAAUCCGAACGCGAGGCUCGCAAAUCUCAAUUGCACCCAAUCCGUACCGCCAACGUCCAUCCGACUCCAACGCGCUCACUGUGUUAA